AUUCGCUUCGCACGUUUGGUCAACUUUUGUCAAAUCCUCCCACGCCUCGCAGCUGAAGCACAGGUCGCCAUCUAUCGUGCAUACAUUGGGCGAUCCUCGACAUCCACACUGGCGCAGCGAGCCAUACGACAAGUGCCAUCAGGCAGAUCUUGCAACGACUGAGGGUCUGCUCCUGUUGGGCCCGCGUCGCAAGGAGUUUGCCGCACUCGUCGCAAGCCGCUUCGCCUCCUUGCACACGCACUUCAUAGAGUCGAAGAAUGCGCAUGGACCUCGUCCGCAUUGCCUUUGUCUAGUCCAGCCAGCGGCAGGAGCACUCAUUCGUUGCUGUGCUUAUCUGGACUUGACUGCUUCUACAGCGGUCUCAAGUGUUGCACUUUGAUCGUCUCGGGUACGGGUGCAGUGUCACUAGAUUGACGCCGCCCGGAAGACUCGUGACUGUGGAAGCGGCCCGAGACUUGAGAGCGGAUCCGCUCCUCAACGGAAUCACAAUGUCAUCAGGCUCCAACGAACGGGUGGGGCAGCUCCCGGACACACCUCCUCGUACCUCCGCAAAUCAUACUGCAUCGAUACUCACCCAAGCCGCACGUCCGGCAAGCACGCCUUCAAAACCGAACACCUCAGAACGCAACAACGCCAUCACAUCUCCUCACAUCCAAUCCGAAUACUUGUCGGCAGGUAACCCGCUGACGGCGAUCCUAUCCAAGAACUCCAGUCCUGCCUCCAGCAUCACCUCAUCGCCCGUGAGGGUCGCACAAAUACUGACACCGACGCCGGCUCGAGCAUCGCAUUACUCAUCAUCCGCGGUGUCCAGCAGCUCCGAGGGCUCCAAGGGCUCGAAGCGAGUGGUGAGAUAUUCUACCCGAAACAGCGCGUCGAGUCUCGAGAUUGAUUCGGACGACGGGGCCUUUGGCGACGAGGAUUCGGAGGCCGAAGCAGUGUCUUCUCGCUUUCCUCGACCCAGGAAAUUCGAGAUUCCUCCUCGAGGCGAUCGGGCGGGCCCUCAAAUCUCCCAGAAUCGCGUCGCAGCGGCAGCGGCGUCGCGCAAACACAGCAAGUCACCCUCCAGCGCUCGGCAUAUGGAAAAUCCACCUAAUGUUGCCCCUACAAAGCACCAAUCGCAGCGAGCCUCAUUAAACUCGCCGCAACUUCCGCGAGACUCUGCACCAGGUUCGCCCGGUCUUUCUCGUCCAGAGGGCCAGAUCCGAUCCAUUCUCAAGGCACCAAAAGCCGGCUCUGGUGUCAUGUCGCUCGACCUUUCGGACACCAGAAUUAGUGCGACAUGGGCGGCGAUCGCCUCCUCCGACACGCGGAUAUCAUUCUUCGUUUUGGGAUACCUCCACUCAGAAGGCACGUCUGCGCAACAUGAUCCAGUCAGGAGUUCGACCAUCUCCGCGGUGUCUACCGCAUCAACUCAAUCAACGGUCACUCUGCGACCCGGCGUGCCCCAGCCGAUGAUCGUCGUCGCCGAGGGCACAUAUACGGGCGUAAAGGGUUUGAGUUCUAUCCAGGAACAUCUCAUACCGUCUGAAGCCCGUUUUGCUAUUCUGCGCGUCAUGGACAAGUACCUCUUGGUGCAGUGCCUUGGGGAGGGUUUGAGCGGCGUGCGCAGAGCGAGGGCUUUAGUACACGGGCGCUCGCUGAUGGCUCACUUCCCCACGCUGACCGCGACGACAGUCGUAUCCAAAGCUGCUGAGCUCACCGACUUUUUGAUCCGAUUCAAACUCAAACUCAAUGCCGACACGCCAUUGCGCCCGCUGCGUAUACAUCGAGGUGAAACGGACGACGAGUGGGAAGAGACGGAUGCGGAAAGUGGUAUAAUCAUGCAAAGCCCGAUUCACGACACCAACGGAGGUCAACAAUCGCCAGCCCUUGCAAGCUCGAGCGCGAGCUCCCCUGACCUUGAUGACGGACCUCGUGAUGGUCACGAGAGCCGCGAGAGCCGCUACGACUCUUCCAGGUACUCGAGAGACACAGACGCGAGUACUCCAUCUACACGUGACAUUGCCACGCCUUCCAGCCUCGGUGGAGACAUCAACGGAUUUCCUCUUCCUCCGGAAUCCAACGGUUUUGAACGUAAGCUGGCAGGUGAUGAGACUGAAGAUGGCAGAGCCACAAAGAUGAGCACUGCCAGCCAAAGCACCACCGGCUCCACCAUCUUGGGCUUGGGAAUGUCCUCUUUGGCGAAGGGGUAUCUCAGCGCCCGGACUAGCGUCGCCACCCAAAGAAUGCGAGAUCUCGCACCAACACCUAUCACGGAAGAGGGCAGCUCGUACGACGAUCGCAGAAGCUCGGUCGCGACGGAGCUUCCUAUCUCGAGUCAAAUUCCUCCUCGCGAGCGCGAGUUGCCCCCUCUUCCGCUCGAUGAGCCGGACGAGACCGAUGUCUAUGGUGGAAUCGACGCCGAUGGUUCUGCAACACCGCGCGUGAAUACGUUGACGCUUGGCCCGACGGGGGCCAGACCUCUGGAACAGAUCGGGAGCCCCGAGCCCGGAGACGACGCGGAAGAGCGAGAUCGACUCGAGCGCGAAAAGCAAGACUUUUUGAGCUGGCAACACGAGCAAGCAGAGCGCAUUGAAGCGAAAGAAAAAGCCCGCGCAAAGCGGCGGGAGCGCGAAAGGAUCAAGCGCGACGAGAAGAAGCGCGAGCAGGUCAUGUCGAAGCUCAAGAGGGAACAGGAGAGCUGGGCGGGCGGUGACGUUAGUGAUACGCCCAAUGGCCACUCGAAUCCGAGGCACGAUACGCCAAAUUCCGGCCGCCAUCGUCGCGUUGACAGCAGGCAGAGUGGAAGUGAGAGUCAGAGCGGCCGCAGCGCGCACACCCAAUCGGAGCUGCGCGGAGACAGUCGUAUCAGCAACAACAAGUCGUCGGGAGACGAGUCGAGCGAUCAUAGGAGACGCAAUGUCUUGUCUCCGCUGGGAGCGCCUCCCAAUCUUGCCUUGCCACCAACGCCCAGGACGCCCGCUCUCGUCCGCUCCCCACGGUCACCUCCCCCGUUGUCGCCACUGCCACGCACCCCCAGAGAAAUCGCAGCGGCGCAUCGCUUGUCUGAGGGGCUCACCUCGCCGAAGCGUGCAAGCUUCCCAGAGGCUCGCAGUCCGCCGAUUGGGCCUGCAACGCUUCCCUCUCACGAGGCGCCACCUAUACUCGCUUCCAGUAGGCCUGUAUCGGCCAGGAUGAGCGAAGAACCGAGCAGAGCUGACGUCCGGUCUCCAGAAUUCAGGAUGCCAAUUCUCACUGCGGGAUGGACUUGCACGCCAGACGCUGAAUUCCCUGUCGAUGAGAUAGCGCAUGAUGAACGUGCUCAAUCUUCGACCUCUACCGACUCGCCGAGUGUCGCGACUGGUCUCACGGCAAGUGCUGUCGACAGAUCACGAUCGAACUCGUUGCUGGCGUCAACCAGUUCUCAUCAACAUGGAGCGGGACCUUCGUGGCCGUACCGCACCCGCAAUCCCACGUGGAGCGGCAGUACUCUCAACACGGCUCCAACCUCCAUCGCGACAUCUCCACGAAAACCUCUGCUCAACUUGGGGAGUGCCGGAGAGGCUAGAAUUGGGCGUCACUCGCGGAACGGCUCGAACGAUGAUGCAGCUCGGGGCGGGGCAGCCUUGAGCCCAACAGCAGCAGUCACGACCACUUCGGAGCUCACGGGCAUGAUCCGAAAGAAGAAUUUGCCCCCACUUCCUAAGUCGUCCUCGGGCAGCGAGAAUGAGAGUAAUCCGGAAGAAAAGGCUUUGGCAGCUGAAGCGAGACAGCGGGCGCGAAUGGCGGAUCGGGCAGCUCUGGCAGCUCAGGCUCAGAUCGAAAUCGCUCGGGCUGAGCAGCGCAGACUUGCUUUCGAAAUCAGCGAAUCUGAGCGACGUAAUCGUGAGCGGAGCGAAGCUGAAGUGCUGAUACGUGCGAAAUGGGCAAAGGAGCAGGCGAGUCGCAAUCAGCUCGAUGCAUACGAGCGAAGCAAGCUCGAGAGCGAGGAACGUCGCCGCCGCGCCCAUGUUGCUGAACAGAAGCGAAAAGAGGCGGAAGCCGCCGAACGAGCUCGAGAGGAUCAAAGGCGCCAGGACAUUGAAAUGCAAGAAGCCCUUGAGCAUUCGGCGCGCAAAAAGAGAGACGCGCAGGCCCGAGAGGCCAAGCUCGUGGCGGAUGCUGACGCGGCUCGCAAGCGUGGAGAAGCGGCCGCUAUUCGGAAAGCGGUCAAGCAGCGCGAUCGAGAGAUGCUUGCCAAAGAGUUUUUGCGUCUGCAAGCUGCAGGAGAUAUGGUCUUGGAGGGAGAUUUGAGCAUUCAAAUCGGAGACGCUACGGGAUGGAAGAGGCGCUGGUUCGCGCUCAAAGACGGAGAAAUUGCAUUCUUCAAGACCUCUCAUGACGCCCAGCGGAAUACGCCCACCGAGCAUUACAACCUCAGAGGGGCCAUCGCAUCGAUCGAAGAUGCUUUCGAGGAGGCACAGAUGCCACACAGUUUCCGAGUCAACUUUACGAGCGAGAGCGGCAGCGAAUGUUUCGUCGCUUACACUGACACCGAAGACGACAUGGAGGUGCUGCUGGUUGGGAUGCAGACCUUGAGCAAGCAUCUCGCCUAGCGAUGAGGGCAACUCGCAUCUGACACCCGACCUUUUACCCAGAUCACUUUGGCAUCAGUUCGACGUUCCUGCUGGCAUACGCAUACUCCCCUUUACUUUGCUGGUGAACACGCUGAACUUCAAAAUUCUAGACCAACCCGCUUUCAGUCUCUGUCCCUACCUACUCCUCACACAUCCUUCACUCAGGAACGUUCCCUCCUCUGAUGUGUCCACUCUCUACAUGAUAUCUAUGUACCAUACCAAUUGUCACCUCUGCACACCCUUUGUUUUGCAAAUGCCACAAUCUCCAUUGCA